AUGCGGGCCUACCACGAAGAAGGCAGCCAGUAUACUGGAGACUCGAAGUUUCUUCCUCUUGACGACAAUAAGGGUCUGCUUGUUGAGGAAAGGUUGACGAGGAGAACUCGUUUCUGUUCGCUCCCUUGGGUGCUCACCGUUAUCUUUGGAACACUUCUCAUCCUUCAAAAUGUCUUUUACUUAGUAUGGGAGUCUGGCUGUCGUCUGGGACCCGUAUAUGAUACAGACUUUGAACCCAUGAAACACGCCAUAAGCUCCGUUAAAGUCCGAUUCACCAGCCCUCUCUACGUGGACGACAACGGUACUUUUCACCGACAAGAAGACCCUGGAGCGAUAAAGUAUGUUGGGGGCCCCGAAGAAGAGUUAGAUGCCAAUUGGGACUCGUUACUCGGGGGUCGAUAUUUCCGACUCACAGAGCAAGAGACCAGCACCCUCAAUGAAGAUUCCGAAUUACCAUCUCUAUCACCUUGGGACCGGAAUGGCGAAGAAUACUUCUUUGCGGGAAUCGACAUGCUGCAUUCGCUCCACUGCCUAAAUACACUGAGAAAACACCUCGACCCGGACUUUUCGGAUAAUGUAGCGAAGAUAGCACCGGAGAUGAGGCAGCUGCAUCUUGGUAAGACUGGUAUCCUCCAAAAGCAAUGGAUAAAGAUUGACAAGUAG